AUUGGACAAGCACCGAUCUCAUACUUUAGUCUCAAGCAUAAUGUGUUCAACAAGUACUUUGUAAAGAUUGGCUGGUUCUGGGUCACUGUUGUCUACCUACCUUACCUGGCUCUUGUGCUGUCCAAGCGAAAGUUUGAUUCGCAGCGAUUUGCACAAGGCAUACUUCGUUAUGUUGUCGCAACAACUUACUGGUAUCUGAUGACCCAAUCGUUUUUCGGACCGAGCAUAAUCGACCGAGUGUUUGUUGCUACGGGUGGACAUUGUUCUUCAAAGAUUUACAAGAAUGGAUCCGACACAAUCGUUGCAUACGACAAUAUCUUCCAGCAGUCCAGCUGUCGUCGUUUGGGUGGUAACUGGACAGGUGGCCAUGAUGUGUCUGGCCAUUGCGUCAUGCUCAUCCACGCAAGUCUGUUCCUGUGGGAGGAGCUGAGCUGGGUGUUCUGGUCGGUGCCUACAUUCCAGCGCAUCAGAAGCCAAGGUGGGCUGGAGUGGUUCUCUAUCCUUUCGGUCUUUAGUCUUUUGGGUCUCUGGUGGUGGAUGGUGCUGAUGACAAGUGUAUAUUUCCAUGGUCAUUUGGAAUUAUUGUCU